GCUUUCAGAUGGUGCCAAGUUCGGGGAGAUAUGCGAAUGCUGUGGUUACAGAACACAGAGCAGCCCGGGCGCCCAACGUGGUUGCUGAGCGCCCAGAGGAUGCACUCAGAGAUGAAAGAUGAAUGCUCACAAUUUGGAAAUGAAAGCUUGAAUGAAGAAUUGAGAAGGCAAGUCUGUGGUCCACAUACACAGUCCCAGAGAAAUUCAGCACCCAGAGACUAAUAUCACUGAGAAAUCUAUGCACAAGUGCUCUCUCUGCUGAGAGACAAACCAAGACUCUGCUGUUCUGCUCCGCAUAGACCAAGAAGACAUGAAAUCCCUGAUGGAAGGAAACUUAGAAGAUUGCCUGCUGAAUAAGGUGGACUUGAGGCGCCAGUGGAUUUCCCAGACGGUGGAAGAGGUGCAGAAAAUUGUCCAUCAUCUGACCACAGAGAUCAGCUACCAGGACAUUCGAUUUCAAGCCGUCCUUUACUCUGACACGUACAAUGAGAACAUUAAGGUUUUGGCCCCCACCCAGCUCCUCAUCACAGUCCCCAUGAGAGGCCUGGCCGGGUACAGGGAGGCCCGGCAGCAGCGCUGGCGCUACUACACCCUGCAGGGCGCCCGGCUGCCCUGCCCCCUGCGGGACCCAGAGGGCCUGCAGCAGUGGCUGGAGGUGGAGCAGUUUCUGAAGAGCCUGUGGCAGUGGCACGAGGCAGAUGUGAACAUUGACGGAGACAUUGUGCCCGCCAAGGUCCUCCAGGUGUUCCGGAAACUGGUCGAAAACGCAAUUGAAACCUGUCACCUGUCAGGUAAGGUCAGCAUGCUAAUGGACCGCCCUGCAGUUCGAGUUGCCGUGGAAACCUCCACAGGUCGGGUGGAACUAGAGCUGACCCCCUCAGUGGAGAUCCCCACCGCCUGGUCCAAGAAAGCCCGGUGGCCUUCGUGUCUGAAGCGCUGGCCUUCUGCAGAGAGAGUGCAGUGCAUCAAGUCAUUUGGGUUUAGCUUGUUGGCCUGUUCGAACUAUCACUGGCAGCUGAGCUUCUUGCGGGCUGAACGGGUGCUGCUGGAGCAGCUGGAUGAGGACGGGGGCUGCCGCAGGAAGUGUCUUCAGGCCAUGAGGCAGAUGAAGGAGGACGUCUGGUGUCCAGGGAAAAGACCUGUGAUCACAUCCUACCACCUUCAGACAGUGCUCUUCUGGACUUGUGAGAAGUAUCCCCACCCAAAGGACUGGCGGGUCUUCAGCAGAGCGUUCCUGCGCCUGGUAAGGAAGCUGCACAAGUGCGUGAGCCAGCACUUUCUGAAACACUACUUCGUGCGGAAGAGCAACCUCCUGCGGUACGCCAAUUCAGGCGAGCUGGGGGCCCUGGCCCAGAAGCUGGCCUUCUUCCUGCAGAACCCCCAGAUCAGCCUGCCCUGAUGCUGCCCUGCGUGGGACGCUCUUGGACAUUUCAUUCAAGCUUGACCUCACUCUCUGUGGAUUGUUCCUCAGUCAGAGGCCAGGAUCCUGCCCAGGAGAGAAGCAACGGACGGCAGAGGAAAAUUCCAUCCACCCAGCAGCAC